GCCUUUCGAAACUUUUUUCACUCGGGCAAUUGCUGAGUCGCACUAGGGCACGGACGUGUUAGCUUGUAACACCCGGUGUUUGAGUUGUGGGAUGGAGUUUCGUUGACUCUGUCCUGUCAGUACAUUUUUAAUCGCUGAUAUCAUUGUAUUUUGUAACACAGCGAAAUAUAUUGGGAGAACAAACCCGAAACCCAUGGCAGAAAAUAUUAUCAUCCGGGUUCAGUCCCCGAAUGGGAUGAAGAAGAUCUCUGCCACCAAGAAGGAGACAGCAGCCGCUUUCCUUAAUAAGGUUGGCAAAGAAUUUGGCUUCACAUCCAACGGCUUCUCCAUCUACUUGAACCGUAACAAGACCAAUGAAAUCCAGUCCCAGAAUAAGACCCUCAGCCUGCUCAAGAUCAAACAUGGAGAUAUGCUGUUCCUGUACCCCUCUGGCUCGCCGGGACCCUCUGGAGAGACCAUGGAUGUGGCCAUGCCUCACUCUUCAUCAGCACUGCCCUCUACGUCCCACUCCUCUUCCUCAUCUUCAGCGACCAUUAUGUCACGUUCCCAGUCAGUGCCCCAAAUACAGGAAGAUGACAUCGACCAGUACCUGGCUAAGCAGGAGGGCAAGAUCUACCGGAACAAAGAUCCACAGCUGUGUAGGCAUGGAUCCAUGGGAAAGUGUGUUCACUGUGUGCCGCUGGAGCCUUUUGAUGAGGAGUACCUGAGCCAUCUAGACCCGCCUGUCAAGCACAUGUCAUUCCACGCCUACAUCCGUAAGCUGACGGGUGGAGCUGACAAGGGGAAGUUUGUGGCUCUUGAGAACAUCAGCUGUAAGAUCAAGUCGGGCUGCGAAGGCCACCCUCCCUGGCCGGAGGGAAUCUGCACCAAGUGUCAGCCCAGUGCAAUCACCCUCAACAGACAAAAAUACAGACACAUUGACAACAUCAUGUUUGAGAACCACACUAUUGCUGACCGUUUUCUGGACUUCUGGAGGAAGACGGGCAGCCAGAGGAUGGGGUACCUGUACGGCAGGUACAUCGAACACAAGGACAUUCCUCUGGCCAUCAGAGCUGAGGUCGCUGCUAUCUACGAACCCCCGCAGAUUGCCACCCAGAACAGCUUGGAGCUGGUGGAUGACCCCAAAGCCGCAGCCGUGGAGGAGAUCGCAGCCAAGUUGGGCCUCCGGAAGGUGGGAUGGAUCUUCACAGACCUGCUCUCUGAGGACACCAGGAUAGGCACUGUCAAGUACACUAGGAACAAGGACUCCUACUUCCUGAGCGCGGAGGAGUGCAUUACAGCUGGACACUUCCAGAACCUCCAUUCUAACCCCUGCAGGCUCUCGCCGGACGGACACUUUGGAUCUAAAUUCAUCACUGUGGUGGCCACUGGUGGCCCUGACAACCAGGUUCACUUUGAGGGUUACCAGGUGUCCAACCAGUGCAUGGCCCUGGUGAGGGACGAGUGCCUGCUGCCCUGUCGAGACGCCCCGGAGCUCGGCUACGCCAAGGAGUCCAGCACGGAGCAGUACGUUCCAGACGUCUUCUACAAGGACAAAGACAAAUUUGGCAACGACAUCACGUAUCUAGCCCGGCCCCUCCCUGUGGAGUAUCUGAUUAUAGACAUCACCACCACCUUCCCCAAGGACCCCCAGUACACCUUCAGCUCCACACAUCGCUUCCCCAUAGAGAACCGGGACGUCCUGGGAGAGACACAGGAUUUCCACAGCUUAGCGUCGUACCUGUCCCAGUGCCCCUCUACUGUAUUCCUGGACAUAGUGUCUGACUUCCACCUGCUCCUCUUCCUUGUCACCAACGAGGUCAUGCCUCUCAAAGAAAGCAUUGGCCUUCUGCUGGAUGCAGUGAAGAUGAAAGAUGAGGAGCUGGCCCAGACCUGGAAGAACUCUGAGCAGUGGGCCACUAUUGAACAGCUCUGUAGCACGGUGGGCGGGCAGUCGUCCGGUGCCCUGGAGUACGGCGCCAUGGGUGGGGGCCGGCCCUCUCCAGUGUCCUCCUCCGCCAUGUGGUCCUGCCUACACUGCACCUUCAUGAACCAGCCGGGCACGGAGCUGUGUGAGAUGUGCAGCCUGCCCAGGGGUUAGACCGGGUCUCGCCCCUGGCCCUUGCCCUGCCAUCUGACCCCCCCACCCCCGCCCUGCCACCUGAACCCACCCCCAACGGCCCCCGUCCCCACCCCUGCCCGCCUGCCUACGCACCGACGGCAUCAACGCGCCAGGCAUUGGAUGCCCCAAGCAGCCUUGCGAUUGGAUAUGUCCUCUUGGCCCGCUGUCCACUCCCACCUCGGCCUGCUGAGGGGUUGAAGAGCUAAACGAUGGCACCCUUCAGCACCAAAUCAAAUGAUGUGACAUGUGAUGACUGCUCUUCCUCGUGGCUAUACGGCUGUGCUCCCCCCUGACUGAGCCUGGCUGGGAUGUGUUUAGGUAAAAGCACCUUGGCAAUAUGUCUUCAUACCUCUUCCUCCAGAUGGCUGUUAAUUGUCCACCUCCAAGACCUGGCUCAAUAAAUGUUGCUGUGCUAGACGAUGACAGGAAAAGACUGUAGAAUUGGUUUUAUGUCCCUCACAAUGACCAGCCCCCAGCCCUCCCACAAUUCUGUUUGGUUCUCACGACUUCUGUUGUGUAAAUAAUACUCAUUAUUUGAGGAAUGAUUGAUGCUGUUUAUUUAAUUACACAUUGAGCAUUUAGUUUUCCUGAUAGUAGCUACAGUUUAUAUCAGGACUUUUGAAUCUGUUUGGGUGUUUUGCUAAGUCAUAUGAUUUUUGCAGAACUCACUCUCUCGAUCAGUAACAGUCUAUUCAUAACAUUUCUUCAUUGGCCCAUGGUUUAAAUUAAACUUCCAGGCACUUCAGUCUCAUAAAUGAAUCAUUCAUUCAGAGUUUUCUGUUACAAAAGUGGUUUGUUCUGUGUUUGUCAGGCAUUUCCUUUAAGUCAAACCCCUGCCAUUAGGAGUUCAGAGAGAGUAUGCCAGCAUCAAUAAAACCAUGUUUUUGGCUUAUAGUUCUUUGAAUUGGAGCCUGCCUAGAUACUCUGCUUGCUAACUGUGCUAACAUUACAGCUCCAGUUGAUGUAAUAUGACACCCACACCUGUUUCCAUGGCUAGCUACACUGUCUUUCACACUUUUCCUCCUUCCUCUCUUCCUCUGUUAAAAGGAUGGUUCGACCUGGAUCGAACUAUCCCUUUAAGAAUGAAACCAGUCAAGUGCUUCUAGAGUGUUAUGAAUGCAUGUCUUUCCUCUGAUGAGAUCCUGUAGCUCUCCACUGUUCUGCCUUCAAAGAUUCCAUAUGUCAGCGUAGUCAGGAGAGAAAGAUGCCGGGAUGGUCCUUCCCCUUCGGUGGCCAAUGUGUUCUGCACCUGGGAUUGAGACAAACCGAAAGAUGGAGGGAAGCAUGGAAGGAAAAAAAUACUUUGUGAAGGAGAAGUUAAACUGAACGGGCAGGCAAACUUGAAGGACUCUGGGGAUUUCUUCUGUCAGAGAACCAAUGUUUCUCGUCACACUGAAAGCUGUAAACCUGAACUCCUUCCAUAGGUAAUGCUUGACAUAGAAAGUAAAAGCUGAUGCCCACUGCACAAUCAAUUUCAGUACGGGAAUUUUACCUAAUGUCGGCAGAUUUGGCAAAUUAGCAUGAAACUUCCUGACAAGCACUUAUUCCCGAAGACAUCUGUCAGCACUGAAGGUGUGUUUCUGGAAUUUCACAGCUCAGCUUAAUAGGUUUGAUUUUAUACCUUAAUACAUCAAGGUAGCAUUUGAGUUUCUGAUGUAACAGAUAACUGCAACUUCUGCCAGCAUUUAUCAAGUACGCCAGCAUUCUCAAAGGGAGGUUUUGCCCAAAAUACGUAGCGAAUGUACAUCCAACGUUUCCCUUCAUUUUGUCGCCUCUAUCAGGAGAUUGGCUUCUUUAGGUGAAAGUGGGGAGGGGGGGGGUUUGGUGUUCAUGGGUUUCAAAUAUUCUAUUUAUAAAGAUGUGUGCUUUUUUUGGUAAGAGCUUAGGAGUAAUUUCCAUUGAAGUGAUUUUUUUUCUUUAAAUUGAAAAGAGUUCAUGGGCAUUUUGCCUAUUUCUAUACCCCCCCGAUGUGUGAGUUGUUGAACUGUUAUCUGUUGUCACCCAAGCGGUUGGCAGAGAAUGCAUCUGGUCCAAACAGUUACAAUGUGGUGUCAGUUUCAGCAUCAGCAAUUUGCACGGAACACCCUGGACCAGAGCUAUCUCCGUUCCAAUUUCCUACACUGAGCUGAAAUUCGACUCGAAAGUUUUAUGAUGCUGUCAAACUGAAGUAGAAUUUUCAAUAUCAGAAAUGCUAGUAAAAUAAUAAAAUAAUUCCUGUCAA